AUGUCUCUGGCACGCUCGACUCGUGGCGCUCAGACGCUGUUUCGCGCAGCUCAGCGGGCAAGCAAACAGCAAACCACGUCAACCCUCCUGGCGAGAUCUUAUGCCACGACCGUUGAAUCCGACAUUUUCAAGCCUACAAAAUAUGGAGGAAAAUACACAGUGACCUUGAUCCCAGGUGACGGUAUCGGCGCCGAGGUUGCCGAAGCCGUGAAGACGAUCUUCAAGGCCGACAAUGUCCCGAUUGAGUGGGAGCAGGUCGAUGUUUCCGGUGUCGACACCGGCGACAAGCACUCGGAAGAGCUCUUCCGGGAGUCGAUCGCUUCUCUGAGACGGAACAAACUGGGCUUGAAGGGUAUCCUGCACACUCCCAUUGAACGAUCCGGUCAUCAGUCCUUCAACGUCGCCCUCCGACAGGAGCUCGACAUCUAUGCCUCGGUCGUCCUCAUCAAGAACAUCCCCGGCCUCGUCACACGCCACAAGAAUGUCGACCUUUGCAUCGUUCGUGAGAACACCGAGGGCGAGUACUCUGGUCUGGAGCACCAGUCGGUGUCCGGCGUCGUGGAGUCGUUGAAAAUCAUCACCCGGGCCAAGUCGGAGCGGAUCGCCAAAUUCGCCUUCUCUUUCGCGCUCGCGAACAACCGCAAGAAGGUGACCUGCAUCCACAAGGCCAACAUCAUGAAGCUGGCCGACGGUCUUUUCAGGAACACGGUCAAGAAGGUCGGAGAGGACUAUCCCACUCUCGAGGUCAACGAUAUGAUUGUCGACAAUGCCUCCAUGCAAGCUGUGUCGCGACCACAACAGUUUGACGUGAUGGUCAUGCCCAAUCUUUACGGUGGUAUCCUGACCAACAUUGCCGCUGCUCUGGUCGGUGGCCCUGGUGUGGUCCCAGGCUGCAACAUGGGCCGAGAGGUCGCUGUCUUCGAGCCCGGAUGCCGACACGUUGGCCUGGAUAUCAAAGGCAAGGAUCAAGCCAACCCUACCGCUCUUCUCCUCUCCGGCACCAUGCUGCUGCGACAUCUGGGUCUCGAUGACCAUGCCAACCGCAUCUCCAAGGCUGUCUACGAUGUGAUUGCUGACGGCAAGGUACGCACCCGCGACAUGGGCGGCAACAACACCACGCACGAAUACACGAGGACCAUCUUGGACAAGAUGGAGCAGGGACUGUAA